AAUAAAUAACUAGCCGUUACUUGACCUGUUCAUCAAAUCCCUCCACAGUAUCUCCAAAACGCACCCAUUUUUCCUCUCAAGAUUGAUUUGCUUACCAUUCUUGCUCACACACCAACGACUCUCUCUCUCUCUCUCUCUCUCUAUGGCAACAUCUGGAAACAGAUCCCCCUCCCCAAUCUCAACUAGACCAAACCUUAGCGGAACGGGUUCUAAUUCAAGAACCCCAGAAGCCAAUUCUACCAUGAGAAGGAGUUACAGUGGAAACCCAUUUGCAAAACCCUCAGUUCUCUCAAACCCUAGAGUCUUUCCUCCUCCUGUUGCCCCCGCCAACAGCCCUGCAUCAGAUCUUGGGAGAAGAAACUCCAUAAGCAAGGAAACUGGGUGUUUUUCUCGGGUUUUCGACGAAAAAGAAAACGACAAAGAUCAGAACUUUAAGCCGGCGAAAGUCCGGUCACCGGCAAUUGUGAAAGGUACUAAAAACUUCAUGACACCCACGAUUUCUGCUGCUUCCAAGAUCAACGCUUCUCCCAAAAAGAAGGUUUUGGGGGAGAGAAAUGAGCCUGUGAGGACUUCCAUCUCAUUCUCUGAUGGUAAUUCCCUGUUUGGUUCCUUGAAUAACUCUGAUCUUAAAGAAGAUGUUGAUUCAAAAGAAGAUUCAAAAGACUCAACAAUCACAAAGGUUGAGUCUUUUGAAUCCCAGAAUAUGUCAGAGUCGUAUUCCAGUGUGAAACCUGUGGAAUCAGAUAUGGGUCUUAAUCAGAAUAAUAACAAGGCUGAAGAUUCAAACAGUUCAGCUGUUAGAAAGUCCAAAAAGGUUUCAUUCCUUGAUUCUCCAUUACCUCUAACUUCGCAGAGUUUUUCGGAGUCGUUCUUUGAUAUGAACCCAUUAGAGUCUGAUUUAACUAACUCUGGGAAUGGGGGAAAGAUCAAACCUUUGGGUUCGGCAAUUUCCCCUAUCAUUGCGCCACUUGACGCGGACCCAUCUCGGCCUUAUGAUCCCAAAACCAAUUAUCUUUCCCCUAGGCCUCAGUUCCUUCACUACAAACCGAACCCGCGAAUCGAAGUUUACCUUCAGAAGGAGAAAGGGAUUGGAGGUGGUAGUAGGGAGCAAGGUAAAAGGCUAGAGGAGAGCUUCGUUUCUGAGAGCUUUUCAGACAUUGAAGUGACUUCAGAAGAAAUUGAGUCUGAGAGUUCAAAUAAAGAAUCUGAGGAUGAUUCUUCUACUGAGGCUGUGAAUGAAGUGGAGCCCCUUGUUUCUGAACCAAAGCCAAAUAGUCUCCCAUUUACUACCGACGUUGAUAAAGAGACUGUUGAAGAGAAGAGAGUGCUCAAACCAAGGUUUUUUACGAGAUCUAGGUCUGCUGCUUUGAUUUUGAUUCUCUUGAUUGGUUGUUUGUCGGUGUCCGUUAAUGAGUCCCCCCCAGUCCUUGAUUUUUCUGUUUAUAAAGACUUGAGCAUUUCCAAAUUCUAUGACCUGUCUGAAAUUGUCGAACUUUCGAAAGCAAGUUAUGAUGGUUUUGCAAGAAACUUGAAGCAGUGGUCAGCCAAUUCUGUGGUUUACCUCAUUAAGCUAAUUGGCAGUUUAGAUGAGGUGGAAAAAUUAGGCCCCGUGCAAUUUAGUAAUCUGACUUCUUUGCUAGAGGAUCCCUUCAUUGAUGGGUACCUAAAACUAGAUCACAUAAAGGAAGAGAUACAUGAGCAAGGAGGAGAGGUUGAGGAAGAACUAUUAGAAGAGGACUUCGAAAAUGGGGCUGCUGACGAAGAAGCUGAUGAUAGUGAGGAAGCAUUAGGAGUGGAUAUUGAAGAAGAAGAUCUGGCUCUAGUAACUGAAGUAGUUGAAUCUGACUCUUCAGAAUUAGUUCUGGAUCAAGAACCAAGUGAUAUUCCUUCUUUGCCCUCACAUGAUCCUGAAUUUAGGCCUGAUGUUGGGGAAAUUCUUGAAAUCAAACCUGAAAUUGCUAAUGCUGGGGAAGUCCAAGGUGCCAUAAUCGAGUCAGCCACAGCAGAGGCAAAUCCUAAAAGCCACUUGGAAAUGAGUACUCCAUUAGGGGAUGUUUCCACAUCAGUUUCUGUCAAUGGGUCUGAAAACACGUUCUCAGUGCAUUAUAUGCAGACAGUUUCUCUACUUGCUUCAGCUCUUGUGGCAGCUACAGCUAUAGCAGUGGUCUAUUUGAAGCACCGGAGGAUCACUGCUACCCCUAGUGAUGCAGUUGAUCAAUGCCUGACACAGAAGUUGAGGACUUCCACCCCACAAUCGCACAUUUGGACAGCAGAUGUUGAUAUAGUUGGAGAAUCGUGUCCAUCGGAAAUGAGCAGCUUUCAAAAUAGCAUGUCUUAUAGCAAGAAAGGAGCACUGAGGGGAGAAAAUGAAAUUCAAAGCCAGGAGACGAAACAACGGAAGGUACCUAAAAGGAGGGAGUCCUUGGCUUCAUCAUCCGAUUACUCGAUGGGUUCACCAUCUUAUGGAAGUUUCACCACAUACGAGAAAAUUCCCAUCAAGCAUAGAUCUGGAGAAGAAGAAAUAGUGACACCAGUUAGGCGCUCAAGCAGGUUUAAGAAUCAAGUCACGUCUCCAUAAUGACUGCACGGAAACCAUCCUCUUCUGCUGUUCGUUCUGCAACAUCCGAAUUUUUCUAAUUUGACAAACGCUAAUAUUUAGGUUUCUGACUUUGUAUGGAUUGAUUGACUGUUGUUUGAGUACCUAGUUCUUAAGGUACCGCUCUGCUAAUGACUAGCUUUCUGUUAUUUGUUUCCCCAUUUCUCACAUAGUGCCACUUUUCUUUGGUUAA